AUAUAUUUUAAGAAGAUGAGUUUCUAUAUCGUCGCUCUCCUCAUAAUAACCUAUGUGUUUUCGAAGACUUUCCUGAGAAAACUGAAGAUUCCUCGGAUCUUCGACAAAUAUGUGUUCAUAACUGGAUGUGAUCGCGGUUUUGGACAUUUGUUAGUCAAACGUCUAGAUUAUCUAGGAGCUAACGUGUUCGCAGGAUGUUUGACAAAAGAGGGGAAAAAUAUGUUAGACAAAACAACGUCGUAUCGGGUAACGUCAUUGCUGAUCGACAUCACUGACGAAAAUAGUAUUAAAGAGGCAUGCGCAUUUGUGAAAACGAGGCUACCUAAUGGACGAGGUUUGCAUGGUCUAGUUAACAAUGCCGGUAUUUACGACGCAGUUGGCCUCUUGAUAUCAGAAUGGAUUCCUAUCGAAGAUUACAAGCGUUUGAUGGAUGUAAACCUGUAUGGAAUGGUUCGCGUGACAAACAGGUUUCUACCACUACUGAGAGCAGAGAGGGGUCGAAUUGUAAACAUGUCGAGCAUAUGUGGCAGAUUAAUUGCGUCGAUGGGUGCGCCGUAUGUCUGCUCGAAGUUCGCAGUGGAGGGGUAUUCGAAUACUCUCAGACAGGAAUAUUAUUCAGCCGGUAUCAACGUGAGUAUUAUUGAACCUAGUGGAUAUCAAACCAGCAUCUUUGACAAUGAAAAACUGAAGGAAAAGUUACGUGAUUAUUUUAAACGUCAAGACGAGGAUGUUCAGGAGUAUUACGGGAAGGAUUACCCAGAUCUUUUAACAAAGGACAUGCUAUCCAACAGAUGGCUUUCUAACCGUCUGUACCAAGUCGUCGACGCAUAUGAACAUGCUCUGACAUCCAAGUAUCCAGAGGCUCGAUAUAUUGUGGGCAAAGACAGUAACACGUUCAUAAGACUUCUGCAUUUCGCCCCCGAAUGGUUCGCCGCGAAGGUGUUGGGAACUCUCAAUUGGCCGCUACCUAAAGCCUUACGUAAGGGUCGAUUGCUGGAAGCUUAUAAAUCAUAA